AUGCAGAAUACCGUCGAUAGGCUAGACAAGCCAUCGUCCUACGCGAUGAGCAAGAAUAAGAAACGCCGCCGUAACAAUCGCGACGACGAGGAAGCCGAUCGUGCGCCCUCUCCAGAAGUCGAAGACAAGCUCGCAAACGCGACGACCUUGUACGUGGGCAACUUGAGCUUCUACACCACGGAGGAGCAGAUACACUCGCUCUUUAGCACAUGUGGUGAGAUCAAGCGCCUGGUGAUGGGCCUAGAUCGAUUCAACAAAACCCCGUGCGGGUUUUGCUUUGUGGAAUACUACACGCAUCAGGACGCGUUGGAUUGCCUGAAAUAUGUGGGCGGCACGAAGCUUGAUGAAAGAAUCAUCCGUGCCGACCUCGACGAAGGCUUUGCGGAGGGUAGACAAUACGGACGAGGUAGGUCAGGCGGACAGGUACGCGAUGAAUACCGCGAAGAGUUCGACCCCGGCCGUGGCGGUUAUGGGCGAUUAGUUCAGGAA